CUCGGAUCCAGCAAAAUAGCAGUUGCGAUUGCCUUCAAGAACGCUGUGAAAAGUCAAAGUAUCUGAUCUAUCGGCUCACCACUUGCAGUUCGUCAUUGCGCCAACUACAUCACAUUCCUUUGGCAACUUCCCACCACUUUUUGGUUCACGCUCGCCGCACCUCUGCAACACCAAAAAGGUCCUUCCAGUACUUCAUUCGAUUGAUCCAAACUUCAGCGACAACGGCUGUCCACUUUCCUGGAUCGGUUUCUCCUUUUUCGCGGUCAUUGCCCACUGUUUUGAGGCAGAUCAGACCACGACGGCAACACGGCUUCGCACCGCUGAUCGCCUAUACACCUCCAUUAUUUGAGUAGCUGAUCGCUACCUUUCGAACAUGUCGGCCAACGAUUCCCAUGAAAAUAUGGUGGCUAAUCAUGAGCCUGUUUCCGCUCCUGCCUCAGAAACAUAUUCGGCCAAGGUCACCCCUCAGCAAUCACCCCACAUUGGCGGUGAUGGCUUCGACGAUUCUGUAUACCUGAAGAAUGAGUCUGACGCGGAGAGUACGCCAGCGCACUCGGUGGCAGGGACUGCCCCAUCCUCGCCUGUCUCUCGCCCAGUCGGACGUCUACGAGCUCUGUCUCGUGCGAAGUCCAGCACCGCAAAUCUCACUCAACAACAAGUCAACAAGAAACGUCAGCGAGCAACCCCUGAGCAACUUGCCGUAUUGGAGGAGACCUUCGCCGUGAAUCCUAGUCCGACGUCGAAGAUCAGGGAAGCAGUCGCGGCAAAGAUCAGCAUGACAGAACGAUCGGUUCAAAUUUGGUUUCAAAACAGGCGUGCAAAGGUGAAGCUGUUGCAGAAGAAGUCGGAAGACCACGACGACGACGAGGAGAUUGAUGAGACGAAUGGGCUGCCGCCUACGCAUCUGUUCGACACGACGCAACCGAGUGCGUUUGGGAUGGGAAAGCCUGCUUUAGCGCGUUCGAACAGUUUAGGACAUGGGCCGAACGUGUUUGCUGCUGGACAGCCUGCUUUCUUCGCUGCGCCUUUGAGCCCGUUUGCUCCGGUCGGAAUGCCACAGGCUAGGAGCGUUGCGGAGCGUGUGUCGUGUCAGUCGCUCACGAUUGGUACAUGGAGUCGCAUCGCGUGUAACGAGAACGACUUGGUCAUCUAUUACUCGCCCACGGAAGCGCGGUUCACGUACUAUGUCAACAGCGGUUCGACUGGGUUUAGGAUCGAGUUUGGAUUCAACGCCAUCUCCAGUGUUACUGUUACCCCGGCUCUCACGUCUCAACUCAUCCCUGGACAGCAGAAUGUGUCGGCGACUGUGUUCCUUCGUGAGAGACCCAUCUUCUUCAUGGAGGUUCCCGCAGCUGGAGGAUGGAGACAAUGCACGGAUUUCACGG